UUUAUAGAUCAAUUAGUCAAGAUGCUGAGACUAAAGAAUAUCUGUUUGAAAUGCUACAGAAUUUAAAUGGAUUCUCUCUGCCCUUAGGUCCUGUUCUUUUUUCUGCAAACAGUUUUCUUGCAAGUUUACAUACAGAGGUCGUGCUACAGAACCCGGAUCAACAAAAAACAAAGACCAUCUUGGAUGUUUGGAGAACUUUUAACACCGAAUCUAAGACUAAUAUAAUGGAUACCGUGGUUUCAGCUUACGGUAACAAGGAUUCUGAUGAGAAGGCAUACAGCAAUGCUGGUAUUAGUCCUGACAACAUCUACAUAGUCGACACAGACGGACAUUUAGUUAAUAUUGAAACUGGUGAAAUAUCAUCCUAUGCUGAACAGUCCUCGAGGAUUCAGAUAAUUUAUCCAACAGUGUAAAAUAAACAUUGAACAAAUUGUCUACGAAUUGUUUAAUGAAUUGUUCACUUUUUCUUUUCCUAAUAAAAAAUAUUUUUAUCCCAA